CCAGACAUGGCGGAGGAUACAGUGUAGUGGGAAGAGCGACGGAGGAGUUCAGGCGACUUUUCCCAGCGCUCGAUCGGGCAGAAAACGCCGUAAAUGCGCCACGCGAGGAGCAAAAUGCCUUCGUCUCCUUCGUACGCGCACGGGAAGCUGAACACGACUUGAACCGCGCACCACGAGACUACGUACAAUGGGAAAAUGUAUCGCUGUUUAGUGCAGUCAACAGCCUUGGGCAACAAAUAUGGCUUCUUCUUGUGCCUUUUCCAAUAUGCGCUGAAAUUCGCUCCCGUGCGCAGCCUAAAAUGCCGCGGCGAACUUCUGCGAGCCACGGUAAGUUGAGUUUAUCCUACGCUCGGUACUUUUGAGAGGAGAUCUUCCCAUCCGCCUGGCCGAGUGGUGGUGGCUAGCCUGGGAAGCUACGGAACUACUACAGCCAACAGUAGCAGCAGCAGCAGCAGCAGCAGCAGCAAUGGAGCCAAAGCACAAAGAGUUGCUCGACCAGUGCCACCAGAACUUAUUGGAGUCCAUAACAGACGCGGACCGAGUCAUCGAGCUGCUCAUCGUCUCCGGGACCUUGAGUCAGCUGGACCGGUUCGAGUUGGACCAAAACUGCACGUCCAGCGCGGAGAAAGUGGACCACCUUCUGAAGAUGCUGAUGAACAAGGAGAGCGAUCAUUUCUCCGAUCUGUGCGUGGCUCUGGAGAAGGCUUAUCCCGAUCUUCACUCAGCCCUGUUCAGGAACAACGGUGGACCAGUAGACCACUCCACGGGCUCUACAUACAGCGUGCUCUCAACAAUGCCCUCGGACUCAGAAAGCAGCAGUUCACUCAGUAGUGUUGGUUCGCCAGUUAACGGUGAAGCAUCGUCUCCGCCUCCCGCCAUAAACGACAACCGGCCGUCUGCGGACAGCCUGGACCCCAUCCUGACCCAGCUGAGGCAGGUGACCAGGGAGAGGGAUGAGCUCCGCAAGCGCCUGGCCCUGGCAUCGCCCGGGACCACCUUCGACGACUGCAGGCCAAAUUCCAAGCCCAGCCACGACUACGAGCGUCUGAAAAGUCAGUGUAUGAGAGCCAUGGCCGAUCUGCAGUCUCUUCAGAACCAGCACACCAAAACACUCAAGAGAUGUGAGGAGGCCGUCAAAGAGGCAGACUUCUAUCACAUGCUUCACAGUCGUGUCCUGAGUGAGCAGUCUCAGAUGAAGGAGGAGAUGGAGAGUCUGAGGAGGGACAACACUGCGCUGGUCCGAGAGCACAACCACGUGAAGCAGAACUGCGAGGAGCUCAAGAGGCUCCACGGACAGGACCAGAAGGAACUGGCAGACCUCAGGGUCCAGCAGCAGCAGGUCAUGAGGGAGAACGGCUCUUCAGAGGUGCUGAAUAAACUGUACGACACUGCCAUGGACAAACUGGAGGGGGUGAAGAAGGACUACGACGCUCUGAGCAAACGCUACAGCGAGAAGGUGGCCAAUCACAACACGGACCUGUCCCGCCUGGAGCAGCUCGAGGAGGAGAACAGACGCCUCCAGAAACAGAUGGAUGCCCUGCUCCUUCAGAGGGACUCGGCUAUGCACUACCAGCAGCAGUACUCCACAUCUAUGAGGAGAUUUGACUCAGUGCAACAAGAACUGAACAAGUCAUCAGCCCAGAACAAAGAACUUCAGCGUGAGAUGGAGCGCCUACAGUCUGAAGUCACACGCUACAAGAACCUUCAGCUCAAGUCUGCUAAGGACUGUGAGAAAUACAAGGAGGAGAGGGACUCAGUGUUCAAUGAGUACCGUUUGAUUAUGAGCGAGAGGGACCAGGUGAUCAAGGAGGUGGACAAGCUGCAGACGGAACUGGAGGCUGCAGAGGCCAGACUCAAGAACACCUCUUCAGAGAGAGUGGUCGCCAGUGAGGAACUCGAGGCUCUCAGACAGGAGCUGAACUCUUCGCUGGUGGACCGCGACAGGGCCAUCUGCGAGAGGAAUGAGCUGCUGGAGAAAUACUGCCACGAGGUUAAGGACAAAGCAGAGGCCCAGAAGGAGCUGUCCCAGGCCUGUAAGGACAUCGAGACUGUGAGGGAGGAGAGGGACGUGGCGCGCAAAGAGAGGACUGAGGCUAUCAUCCAGAGGGACCAGCUGCUCAGGGAGUACUACCAGGCCAGACAGAAACAAGACUCAGCUACUCUAGACAUGGAGCGAGCCAACAAAGAGAUCGAGAUGUUGAGGAAGCAGUACGAGGCCAUGUCCCAGGAGUUGAAGGAGGCCACGCAGGAGGCAGAGGUCGCCAAGUGCAGACGCGACUGGGCUUUUCAGGAGAGGGACAAGAUUGUGGCUGAGAGGGAGAGCAUACGUACUCUGUGUGACAACCUGCGAAGAGAGAGGGACCGGGCUGUGAGCGAUCUGGCGGAUGCACUUAGGAACCUGGACGACAUGAGGAAACAGAAGAACGAUGCACUGAGAGAAAUGAAGGAACUCAAGGAGAAAAUGGACAGCACUCUGGAGAAAGAGGCACGCUUCUGUCAGCUCAUGGCUCACAGCUCUCACGACUCGGCCAUCGACACUGACUCUCUGGAGUGGGAGACCGAGGUGGUGGAGUUUGAAAAGGACCGGGAGGACAUGGAUUUGAAGGCACUUGGGUUCGAUAUCGCAGAAGGGGUAAAUGAUCCAUAUUUACCAGGAGACUGUGGCAUAUUUGUGACGAGGGUGGACAAAGGAAGUAUCGCAGACGGAAGGUUGAGAGUGAAUGAUUGGCUGCUGAAGAUUAACGACAUGGACCUGACCAAUAAGGACAGGAAGCAGGUGGUGAAGGCGGUGCUUACUGGUGGAGGCUUGAUCAACAUGGUGGUACGACGGAGGAAGUCUCUGGGCGGCAGGCUCGUCACUCCUGUGCACAUCAAUCUAACGGGACACAAAGACAGUGGAAUAGGUUUGGAGAGUGGAGUGUUUGUUACGGCCGUUGUCCAGGGCAGCCCAGCGGCCAGAGAAGGCUCUUUGACUGUGGGAGACCGUCUGAUCGCUAUAAACGGCAUCGCUCUAGACAACAAAUCUGUGACGGAGUGUGAGGCUCUGCUGAGGAGCUGCCGGGACUCACUCUCACUCUCUCUCAUGAAGUUUUUCCCACACAGUACAUCGGGUCAGAACCUCUUCGAGAGUUUACGUGACGACAAAUCCAACGGCCGUCUGGCGUUGUCCGAGCUCCACUCCCGAAACAGCCGCAACCUCCGCCAUAACAGCUCCACCCAGACAGACAUCUACUGCCCCGACCUGGGCUGCAGCAGCACGGGCAGCAUCUCCGGAGACAGGAGGAAACUCAAUGAAGAUAUGUACGGAGAUCUCACCAAACCCUUCUCCACCGGCUCCCUCCACGCCACCAGCCUGGGCACCGGACGCUAUGGCCCCAGUGCUUUCCAGGAGUGUUGCAAAUACUCAAAAGCCCCUUCGUCAUUACCGUACGAUCCAGUUUCCUCAUCAGAUUGCAUGGAUACAUCACUAGAGAAGAAGCAUACAGGUGGAACGUGGCCCAAAAUGGUGGUAGGCGGCAUGUCAGGAGCAAGAGAAAGCCCACAAACCCAGCUUUCUGUUUACAAGCAGAGGAUGUCCAUUUUUGACCCAGACACGUUCAAAAAGCCCGAAAGCCUGGCGAAAAUGGAGUACAUGGCGGCCAAUCAGAUCGCGGCGGCGGUAGCGUCGCACUCCCCCCAGCCAUCCAAAACAGACUCCCUCUCUUCUUCGUCUACACCCACGCCCCCCACCCCCCCGGCACGCAGCGACUCUUUCAAGUUCAAACACAAGCACCAGAGCAGCUCCGCCUCCGACUGCACCAUAACUUCCGACGGCAAGGGGGACGUAGCCAUGGCGACGGCGGGGGACAGGGCGGACAGGGAGAGGGACAGGAACGGAAACCACUACUUCCUGGAAGGCAAGGUUCUCACGUCGCGGAAGUCGUGCGACGAGGAUAUAGGCAGGACGAGGGGGGAGGAGCCAGAGGUGAAGAGGCCACGCCCCAAAUCGGCCCCCGCACUCAGACGGAGGAUGACGCCGCAGACGAUUACGCUGCCAACUUUCCAGAAUUAUUCCACAGACGAGCACUCACCAGAGCCCAGAGACCUGCUGCGUUCCUCCCCAGGCCGAUCCCACAGACACAGCGUGGGCUUCGUACCCACCCUCUUCAACGGGUCCCUACCUCCAAAUUCAGCCCACCGUGGUCUGUCCCCCUGCCCUGCUGUGACCGCCGUCAUGAGGAACCCCGUGUACACUGUCCGAAGCCACAGAGUCCACACCAGCAACUGUCCUUCUGUGGCCUCGCAGAUCUGCCACCAGCACACCCACACCAGCCCUCAGCACCAGGGCCGCCUGAGUCUGGACCUAACCCAGCAGAAGAGAGGAGCAGACUUCUCUGAGCCUUCAUCAUCGCGCAGCAGCAGAGCUUCACACGGUACAAACUCUCUGCCCUCCUGCGCCCGCCUCGGUGCUAUCAGCACAGGCCAGUACCGCACAGAGAGGAUCAAGAUACCCUCCACGCCCCGUUACCCCCGCUCUGUGGUGGGAUCUGACAGAGAGUGUAGCAGCCCCAGUCUCAUCACACCUCCACAGUCUCCACUCAACCUGGAAACAUCCUCAUUCGCCAGCAGCCAAUCACAGGGCUCCAUCUCCACAUUACCUCGCAUCUCUGUGAGCCCCGUGCCUAUCGGAGAGCGCCGAAAGGACAGGCCGUACUUGGAGGAGCCUCGGAACGUUGUGGUGCAUAAAGGGGCGGAGCCUCUGGGCAUCUCCAUAGUAAGCGGAGAGAACGGGGGCAUCUUUGUGUCCAAGGUCACAGGAGGGAGCAUCGCCCACCAGGCCGGCCUCGAGUACGGGGACCAGCUGCUCGAGUUUAACGGCAUCAACCUGCGAAACGCCACGGAGCAGCAGGCCCGUCUGAUCAUCGGCCAACAGUGUGACACCAUCACCAUCAUGGCGCAGUACAACCCACACAUGUACCAGCUGGGCAACCACUCCAGGUCCAGCUCUCGUCUGGAACCUGUGAGCACUCAGUCGACCCCACAGGGCAGUGGACCGGUCACUCCAGACAAUCACUCCGCCAUAGACACCCUGAGCGAGCAGGACGAAGGCACCCUCACCCCCUCCUCCAAACAGACCACGCCCACCACCAGCCCCAACACUUUAGUCAGGAUGUCUUCGGACAGCAGCAGGAAAGCGGCAGAGGCGCGGCUGGUGACGGUGCGCAGACCCGGGGUGGAGGUGGGAGUUACUCUUUGCGGAGGAAACCUGCACGGGGUCUACAUCCACAGCCUGGAGGAGGACAGCCCGGCUCGGGGACCAGAUGGACUGCUGUCUGGAGACCUCAUCCUGGAGUACAACGCGGUGAAUAUGAAGAAUAAAACUGCAGAGGAGGUGUACGUGGAGAUGUUGAAGCCGGCAGAGACUGUUACGUUGAAGGUGCAGCAUCGGCCCGAGGACUUCAACGCCAUCAAAGACCUGCCAGGAGAUGGAUUUUAUAUUCGAGCACUUUACGAGCGUGUGGGUGAGGCCGAGGGGGACCUGAGCUUUAAGAAGGAUGACAUCCUGUUUGUGGACGAGUCUUUGCCGGCGGGCAGCUUUGGCACGUGGAUGGCCUGGCAGCUGGAUGAGAACGCACAGAAGAUCCAAAGGGGCCAGAUCCCCAGCAAAUACAUGAUGGAUCAGGAGUUUUACCGGCGCCAUAGUGUGACCGAGCUCAAGGAGGAUUCUGGGAAAACCCUGUCGGCAGCGGCACGCAGGUCCUUCUUCAGGAGGAAACAGAAACACAAGCGCAGCAGCUCCAAAGACGGCAAAGACACAGCAGCUCUAGACGCCAUCAGCACCGACUCCAUCCCUUUCUUUGAUGACUGUGUGAGCUUGGCGUACCAGCGCGUGCAGAAGAUGGAGUGCUCCUCCCCCAGACCAGUGCUGCUCCUGGGGCCGCUCACUGACCCGGUCAAAGACAUGCUGGUCAAAGAGUCUCCAGGGAAGUUCUUCAGAUGUGUGCUGGAGGUGAUGAAGGCCUCCCAGCAGGCCAUCGAGCGCGGCGUGAAGGACUGCCUCUUCAUCGACUACAAACGCCGGAGUGGCCAUUUUGACGUGACCACCGUAGCAUCUAUCAAAGAGAUCACAGAAAAGGGUUGCCACUGCCUGCUGGACAUCGCCCCACACGCCAUUGAAAGACUGCAUAGUGUUCACAUCUACCCCAUUGUCGUCUUCGUCCGCUACAAAAACGCCAAACAGAUCAAGGAGCAGAAGGAUCCCAUUUACCUGCGGGACAAAGUCUCUCAGAAACAUUCCAAGGAGCAGUUUGAAAGUGCGCAGAAGAUCGAGCAGGAGUACAGCAAAUUCUUCACAGGUAUUGUCCAGGGCGGCCCUCUCCCGUACAUUUGCACUCAGAUCAUGACCAUAGUUGAUCAAGAACAAAGUAAAGUCCUGUGGACUCCUCUUGGCUGCCCCUAGUGGACAUUUGCAGCCACUCCAACUCCUGAGCUUUGAACACUAUUUGUAACACUAACAGCCCCUUUGACACUCCUCUUUGGUACACUACAGCAGUCUGCAGUUUACACGUGUAAUCAGAGCCUUGUGUGGUAGCUCUGACUCUCUCAGUCUUCUCUAAGGCUCUGAGGCCUCCUCUGCUGGAGGACCACGAGAAUCAACACUAAUGAAGUCCUGCACAGCCCGGCCCCCUUCACUAAAGACAUUUGUGCUCAUCCUAACAAUCGACAAUGAUCCAGCUCCAACACUGACGGCUCCUCUGUGUGUCUGUGACACUACAGGACUUCAGCUCAAUGAUGUGAGCGUGAGAAUCAUGACAUAAAGAGGUGUUGUGACUCAAGUGUAUGUAGCUUCCGCUGUCCUCAGAGGCCUCCUGAUGCCUGCUCUAUGCACAGUAUUUCUAUAGUAGCAGAGACAGUUGAGAAGUGCCUUUGGAGAAGAGGCGGAUUCACAUGUGUCUCAUGCAUCUGUCAGGAGCAGACAGGAGUAGACAGGUGCAGACAGGAGCAGAGCGGGCGACAAUGACAGGGGGUUUACUCCUCAGAAUGCACUCCAGGGCUAGACAAACCACUGUGGAACUAUCAUGUAUCUUAGAUUCUAUUUAACGACAUAUAGGCUAUAAUACAGUAUGCAGAACCAUCAGAUAUAAAUCUAUAUAAGAGUAUAGAUACUAUAUAUUCAUGUAUUUUCACUAGGUGAAGGCCUAGGCGCGUCUGCAGUCAUGUCUUUUCAGCAUGUUUUUACACAGGUGACCUUUCACCUCCCCAGUACUCAGUGCUGUGAGACUCUAUGAAGCAUUGCAGGGUAACACUACAUAUGAUCCGCUCUGAUGUUAGUGACUUUUCAUUGUUAUUUAAUUGUAUUUUUGUAUCUUUCAGGAGGCUGACAGUCCUCUCUGCAGCGUAUCUUGUAUCAUUGUGCCAAAUCCACUAAGGCCACUGCUCCUUCACUUCUGUUUUGCACUUGUUUACCUGUGAACCUUACACAUGUCAGUUAGGUUUUCAGUAGACUCUGAACAUAGGUACUAUUCCAAUUUCUACUGUUACUAAUGUUUAUGUAUGAGAUCCUUACAUUUCAGUGAUGGCCUUUUCUUCUUGAUUAGAAAAUGAAUAACUUUUUAUUUGAAAAUUCAAAAGGGAUUUAUUCUUGCACAGUUUGAAGGUUAAUGAGUUUGAGGCUAACGGCUUAAACAAGUUCUUGGCAUGUUAGCGUGAGAGAGAGGGGGUACAUCGUGCUGUCUGUAUGCAGAAGGAGACGAGAGGACAGGUACUGAUGAACUUUUAUUACAGAAUGUGAUUUGUAUGUGAAGACAUUAACAUGAAAAUAAAAGUCAUUUUCUGUAUCGCAACAUUG